AUGAACCGUGACCAUCUUCAAGUUCACCUGAACGCCAAAUCCACGACUUACGCCCUUGAGGCAUCUCUUCCUUCUUGCGAAAGUGGCACUCCUCGCACUGAGCGCAAUGCCCUGGCUUCAACAUUUGCUGUCAAACCACACGCCGCCCGAAUCGUUGUAGAAGGCGCCCCACCAAUCCCGACGAGACGCUGCCGACCCCUUCCGCCAGUCCCUUCUGAUACGCCUAGACCCACACUGGGCCGUAUGCCAGUAUGGCAUGGGUUACAUAUGACACCUUACGAUGGAUCCCGUGAAUCAGCCAAGAGAGACUUUGGAUCAAGCCUCAUGCAGGUCCCGCAAUCUUCCCCUGUCGACAUCUCGCUCAAGACCCGAUUAGAAUUUGAUCUUGGACAACUCUUCCAGAGACUCGAAUGCGAGAAUAGAUCCAUCGAUUCCACUUCAUCUGCCCUUCAGCUGGAUCUGGGGCCGCGAUGUGGCGCACCUGAAGAAGAACCACCUGUCCAAGCGCCGGACGCUGCGCUGGGAUCAGACCUCUCCUCGCCUCUUACGAAUGACAACGUGCUCCGCUUCGAUACGAUUGAUGCGAUCAACUGUGAUGAGGUGGAGUCUCCCCUCUGCGCAUUGGACAUCUUCUCGCCCCGACUUCCACCCGCUCCGGUUCUACGCAGUUUGACGGAUCCUCAUCCGAUCUCUCCCUUGGCUCUGCCCUCCACUUUGGGAGUGGACCGAAAGGGUGAGAGGAGUUACUUCACGGUUACAUCGUCUCAGGAUCCUACAUCCAGCGAAGGCGAUAACAAGGUAGUCUCGAAGGCGCCCUUAUCGAGUCUCGGUGCUCCUGGCUUGACGGCCAAUCAGUCGACCCUGACCACAGGUUCAUCUUGGGACCUGAGUUCCACGCAGUCUUCGUUCUCGAUGGGACUCGGGGCCUCUAUGACCUCCUGUUCGAGUCGAUUCCUGAGUCUCAAGGAGAGAGAUCAUGAGGCUCAAUCUCAUACCACUCUGAGCGAGAUCGUUUCGCGGACACAAUCCGCCACGAGCCAGGACGAGCUGUCGACCCGAAGAGACUGGGACGAUUUUGGCUUUCCUGUGCCAAGUCGAUCAUUUGACGCACUCUUCGAGCCAUCUUUCCGAGUCCGGGCCGGCGAGCAGACUAAGCCGGUCAGAGACCUCCUCGACAAAGGCGAUAAAGCGGAAGAACCCUGGCAUUCCGGCUACACCUCCAGCGAGCUCGCUUUCGACAUCGAUGGUCUGCCACAUAUCUCACUGCCCGAAACGCUACUUGAAGAUCCUCCAGACCCUCCAAAGACGUACCAGCUCCUUCCACGAGCAUCCAUCGCCACGGAUACCUACAUUGAAGUCGGAGCUUGGUGGAAUGCGGCGGGUCUGAGAGGGCAGAACCGUUCUGAGCGGAGAAAAUCAGCCAUGGACUAUGAUUCGCUUCUUGAGCCGAGAUAG